AUGUCCUGUGAAGAGUUGGAGCAAGACUCAUUGAGUCACGCACGUGAAGAUUUCAAACUUCCUAUGUUUGCAAUAGGUCCUUCUCAUAGCAACUUUCCAGCCUCGUCUAGUAGCUUGUUCACACAGGACGAGACUUGCAUUCCAUGGUUAGACAAACAACAAGACAAAUCCGUUAUUUACGUGAGUUUCGGUAGCCUCGCGAAAAUGAGCAGAACAGAGUUAAUUGAGAUUGCUUGGGGCUUAAGUAACAGCGACCAACCUUUCUUGUUGGUCGUACGGGUUGGUUUGGUCAAUGGCACAAUCCCACAAGAACUCUUGGAGAGGCUUAACGAGAAAGGAAAAAUAGUGAAAUGGGCACCACAACAAGAGGUUCUAAAGCAUCGAGCCGUCGGAGGAUUCUUCACACAUAAUGGUUGGAACUCGGUUGUUGAGAGUGUUUGUGAAGGAGUCCCUAUGAUCUGUUUGCCUUUUAUAUGGGACCAAUUCUUAAAUGCAAGAUUUGUUAGUGAGGUGUGGAGGGUCGGGAUGCAUCUUGAGAAUCGGAUCGAGAGAAACGAGAUCGAGAGAGCAAUAAGGAGCUUGUUCUUGGGAAAUGAAGGAGAAGCAAUCCGAGAGAGGAUGAAAGUUCUUAAAGAGAAAUGUAAAACUUAG